AUGCUCGUGAAGGCAGCAGCAGCUCUGUCUUCUUCCCCUCCCUGGGCUCUUCAUCCCUCCUCCUCCUCCUCCUCCUCCUCCUCCUCCUCCUCUUCCUCACGCCGGUGUCUCCAGCGUGACUCUCCUCCAUUCUCCUUCAGAGCUGCUGCCGCUGCUGCAUCACUCUUGGAGGGAAGGGUUUUGGCGUGUGUUGACUCGCUCUUGUCCGCUGCUCUGACUGACCAGACUUCACCUGCAGAGAGCCUCUACACCCGUACAGACCCUUACUCCAGCACGGCUGAGACACGACCACUGAAAGGGAGAUGA